CACAAGUAGAGUUGAAGCUCUGAGCAGCAGCUUGCACUUCUCCUUCUCUCCUUCUCAUGACCUUAAUCUUCGCUCAGCUGACCUCCAUCUUUUCUUAAACAUAUAAACAUGAGGAACACAUUCAGCUACAGACAAAUUGGAUCAACCCUGUGGUGAGGGCCACACAACAGUGGAUAAUUGCUUGCCUCCAGGCAUGUGAGGCACUCUGAGAUUAGAGGUGUCUGGGUGAAAGAUGACUUUACUGGCUGGCGAUGGCUCCGACUAUGACUAUAGUGCCUUUAGCUGCAUCUCGGAAACCUCACUGAACCCCCCACCCAUCCAGGACAGCGAGACCCUUAAGGGUGUUUACUACAAACGUGCCCGGUGUCUUGCUAAGGACCCUGAUGCUGAUGCCAGCAUUUUGCCUGGUGCCCAACGCUUACAUGCCAUCAUCAAUGUGGGUGGCCUGCGCUACCAGUUACCAUGGAGCACGCUGGAUGACUUCCCACUGUCACGGCUAGGCCGCCUGCGACUGUGUACAAGCUUCGAUGAGAUCAUGAGAGUGUGCGACGAUUACGAUGUGACUCGCAAUGAGUUCUUCUUUGACCGGAGCCCAUGUGCUUUCCGUGCCAUCCUGACAUUCCUGCGUGCCGGCAAGCUGCGUGCUUUGAGAGAUACUUGCGUUCUUUCUUUCCAAGAAGAACUGCUGUACUGGGGUGUUCCAGAGGAAAAGCUGGAGUGGUGCUGCCGAAGGCGCUUGAUCCAGCGUAUAGAGGAGCGUGAUGAGCUUGAGAGGGUGGCUGAGGAAGAUGAGGAAGAGGACGAUGAUGAGAGUGAUGGAGGUCGUAGGGAGGGAGGUCUGGAUAAAGAAUCUCGACUUGGCCACUGCAUGGUCAAACUAAGGGACAUGGUGGAGAGGCCGCACUCAGGUCUUCCUGGAAAGAUCUUCGCUUGCCUCUCUGUGCUCUUUGUCACCAUUACAGCUAUUAAUCUGUCCAUAAGCACUAUGCCUGCUAUGAGGGAGGAGGAGGAAGCUGGCAAAUGCUCCCAGAUGUGCUACAACAUCUUCAUCGUGGAGACCGUGUGUGUGGCUUGGUUUUCUCUUGAGUUCACACUGCGCUUCAUUCAGGACCGCAGCAAGCUGGCCUUCCUUCGUCGCCCACUCAAUCUGAUUGACGUGGUGGCCAUCUUGCCCUACUACAUCACCCUGGCUGUGGACGGCACAUCCACCGGAUCAGGCAACAGCUAUCUGGACAAAGUUGGGCUUGUUCUGCGCGUCCUGCGUGCUCUGCGUAUUCUGUACGUGAUGCGUUUGGCGCGGCAUUCUCUCGGCCUUCAGACUCUGGGCCUCACAGCGCGGCGCUGCACGCGUGAGUUCGGCCUGCUGCUGCUGUUCCUGUGUGUGGCCAUUGCGCUCUUCUCACCACUUCUGUACCUCAUCGAGAAUGAGGUGGCAGCCACGCAGGAGUUCAGCAGCAUCCCGGCCACGUAUUGGUGGGCGGUGAUCACAAUGACGACGGUGGGCUAUGGUGACAUGGUGCCACGCAGCAUACCGGGCCAGGUGGUGGCACUCAGCAGCAUCCUGAGUGGCAUCCUGCUCAUGGCCUUCCCUGUGACAUCCAUCUUCCACACAUUCUCCCGUUCCUACGUGGAGCUGAAGCAGGAGCAGCAGCGCCUCCUGCAGCGGCGGACUCACUUCCUUCUACGCGGGCGCGUGCCUGGUCUAGACAGUAAUGCGUCACUGGAGAGUGACAUCCUGUUUCCGAGUGCCUCGUCUGACCCUAGAGACCUUGAUGACUAAAAGAAAGGAAUAAAAAUACAACAAUAUGCCAUGAAUAAGGACAGAAAACGUAUUUCAGCAAUCUGAACUCAACGUUUGCUGAGCAGUUAUAUCUUAGACACAGGGUGAAUUCAGGUAAAUCAGAUAAAUAAUAAUAAAAAAUAACUUUAUGUGGUGGUUUCCGACCUAGGAAAAAACUGAACAUAUUGUAUGAGAACAUACACGUAGAUUUAUGUAACUUGGCCGCACUCACAGUACAUUAAUCUCAUUUAUGCAUCUGACCAGUUGAUGGUUAAAGGCCUUGCCUAAUGUCCCAACAGUAGCAGCUUGGCAGGCUGGGAUUUAAAGUUAUGACCUUUUCAUUAGUAGGCCAACUUCAGCCACAGAGCAAAUAUUGCAAUUAAAGAUAUCAUAUAUCCAUCCAUCCAUCCAUUCAAGCCAUCGCCACAAACAAUGUUUGGCUUUAGUAAGCUAUCAUUCAUCGCUGUAAGUGAAAGUGACUUUGCUCGGGAGCCCGAACGUCCUGAGACCUGCAGGCAAACACACACACACACACACACACACACACACACACAAUGCAUGGCUUUUGACUGUGGGGGAAAAUGGAGUAACAAGCAUAAGAGGAGCAUGUUUCGAACCCCCCAGCCCUGGAAAUGGGAUGAAGCGUUGCUAAACACCAAGUUACUAUGGCACUUUAACAUAUUACAUUUGGUUUUUAAAAUAAUUAACUUUUACUCAAACGAUAUUAACAUAAACCAAUUAUCUUAGUGACUCACAAGGCUGCUGACACUGGUGGUGUGUGUGUGUGUGUG